CACUUAUACGUUCAUCCAACGGGCUUCCACGGUGUAUCCCUUCUUUCAAACCACAAUCGUCUUACCAGAUUGACAGACCACGUCACGAACAUGAAGUUCUUCCAUAUCAUCGCCAGUCUCGCCAUCAUCGUCAUCGCGGCCGCCGAAGGCGAGAAACAUGGCCUUCAGUACAAAUGUACCAGCUUCGACCUGAAUAAAUACGUCGACGCGCCGAUGAAACGGAACGCAACUGUACUCAGCGCCGACUGCCCGGACGUCAACAACAGAAGAGUCAAUGCCACCCUUGAUCUUCACCAGUGCAUCGUAAACAAUCACGGCGUACUCCAGUGGCGCGACAAGGGCAAUCACAAUGGUUAUCAAUGUGCAUUGGAUAUUCCCCCAAACAAGAAAGAUCCCAUUUCCAUGCGUUGCUACAUGCCUGGUAGCUCAGACACGUCUCAGAUUGACAUUUCCAACGGGAUUAUACUCCUCCCAAACGGCGCUUUUGGCUGCUACGAAAACAUAGGCCCGUCGAACGUAUUUCCCUGGUAGACAGACUGGGAGGAGCCCAAGCCGACUACGAGCAUAUUGAAUAGAUCUUUACUACCUUGUAGGUGCUAGGGUUGCUUCUUCUAUCGGCGUAUCUAGUUUCGAGCCGGGCAAACAAAAGAAGUUGAGAUUAAGCGGGAGUUUUGGGAGAACAUGGGCAGACGGGGGCGAACUCGAUCGACACUCAGAUCGAUUAAUACGGUGAC